AUGAAUGCAGGACUACGGCCGAUUUGGAAACCAUUCCCGUAUUCAUGUGCAGUCGGUGACACACAGACUGUGAUCAUUUCGCCGGAUGAUCUAGAUGGUGUCACCAGUUACACAGUCGAGAACCUCCUCCCAUACACUAACUAUACCGUCAGUCUGUCGGCUGUCAACGUGGCAGGGGACGGCUUACCUCGUAUUGAAAACUUAUUGACGGACCAAGAAGUCCCUGAACAUCCUACUGAUUUGGCUGUGACGGUAUUGAGUCCGACAGAAAUGUUUGUGUCCUGGAACAUUAGUGGACCAUAUCCUGGCCCCACCAUAUUUGAACUACAUGUCAUGGCAAAAACACCUGAAAUAAAUCGAACAGAAAUCAUACGAGGAUUCAACUCAAGAUCUUAUACAGUGAAAAAUUUGGAAGAGUUCCGAACGUACACAUUUAACAUCACAGCCUCUACAGAUAAAGGAUCAGCUAGUUUCGAGCAGGUACUUCCGGCCGCCACAACACAUCCUGCAGCUCCUGGUACAGUUGAUAACUUUCGGGUAACCCGACCUGACGGACCAGACUUUGCUACAAUGAUAGUGUCUUGGCAGCUUCCUCCAGUAUUAGACAGAAACAGUGAUAUUACUGAGUUCGUGUUUUCUUACAACGCUACAGGAUUGAAUGUAAGCUCCCAAUCAGAAGUGAUAGAUGUAACCUCCGAAACAAAUCCAAUAACCAGAAGUGUAUCAGUGAUACCAUUGAACACAUACCGUAUAGAGGUGUAUGCUGUAGGUACUGAUUCUACUGGAAUUAGCCUCAUUGGAUCUAAAAGCAGAUUGACAUACUUUGCACCUGCUGGAGCCCCACCACUUGAUGUGGACGAGUCAGUUAUUCCUUUCCCUUUGAACAAGGACGUCCAAGCGACACACACUACGUUUAUGCUAACCAUUGGGAAACAAUUCUUCACGAACAAUAUAUAUGGUCCUAUAGUGGAUUACUCACUCGUGCUGUGUAAACAGACAUGUACUGGACUAGACGAUAAAUCAGAGACAAGAGAAAACGAUUACUUAAGUAGUAUUGACGGUUGGAAUACUGCGAAGACGAAGGGUUUCACACAGCCGUACAGGGCUUUGUCCAAGUUGGAGUUUGAAUCUGCACUGGCAAGUGAUGAGAACUCGUCGAUAUUCCGUAUCGCGAUUGGAAAGGUAUUGAACUGCACCAAGACAGGGAAACAGUUUUGCAAUGGUCCGUUGGAAGCAGAAGCUGCAUAUUUUGUAAAAGCAGCCGUUUGUACAGUCGGGGGCUGUACUCUGUCAUCAAUAUAUGGACCAUAUUCAACACUAGCAGGUAUAAGCCGUAAUUGCUCUCCUAUUUCACAAUAAGUUAUAAUAGUCUCAUCACACAUGCUUUUUCCUUUGUGGAUUUUACUUUCAUUAUUAUUAUUUUAUUUAGUAUUUUAUUUAGGAGGUUCCAAAAAUACGGGUAAAGCACAUACGACAUGAAAGAGCAGACAUGGUUUUAGAAGUUGUUAUUGUAUUUGAAAUUUGAUUAUAUGCUGUCUCUUUUUGAUGAUUUAUAAGUUCCGUCCUGUUUUCAAAUUGUUGAUGUGGAUUCAUGUCCAUGACCUUUGACGUGCUUUUUAAUUGCAUUUUUAGUUUUUUUCCAUUGUGUUUUUCUUUUGACGUCUAUUUACUUCGUAUGUCUAUUACAUCAAUUUUAGAUAUACUAUUGCUUUACAAGUGUUGAUUUGUUUUGGGUCGUUUCGUUCUUUCCGAUUUGUUAUAUUUCUGUUGAUUGUUUUGCUCGCCGAGAUGUCGUCGUCUUGCUAAUGUGAUGCGUUUUAUACACCGUCUUGUUUUUGCAAUGCUUAUGUGAUGUGAUUUUAUACAACGUCUAGGUUUUGCAAUGCUUAUGUGAUGUGAAUUUUUAAACCGUCUUGUUUUGCAAUGUUUAUGUGAUGUGAUUUAUACACCGUCUUGUUUUUGCAAUGCUUAUGUGAUGUGACUUUAUACACCGUCUUGUUUUGCAAUGCUUAUGUGAUGUGAUUUUAUACAACGUCUUGGUUUUGCAAUGCUUAUGUGAUGUGGAUUUGUAAACCGUCUUGUUUUGCAAUGCUUAUGUGAUGUGAUUUUAUACAACGUCUUGGUUUUGCAAUGCUUAUGUGAUGUGAUUUAUACACCGUCUUGUUAUUUUGAUGCUCAUGUGACGUGUUUACACAUUGUCUUGUUGUUUCAAUACUUACGUGAUGUGAUUUUAUACAUUGUCCUGUUGUUUCAAUGCCUAUGUGACGUGUUUACAUUGUCCUGGUGUUUCAGUACUUAUGUGAUGUGUUUUACGUGAUGUGAUGUUAUACAUUGUCCUGUACAUGUAUAUGCAUUGCUUAUGUGAUGUGUUCAUACAAUUACAUUCUCUUGUGAUUAUGUUAUUUUGUCCAACAUUGGGUUAACACUUUACUUAAGUGAUGAUGUGGUCUAUAAAGCCACGGAUUUUCUAUUAUUUUUUUUUUGUAUUUUGGAUGCAUAUUUGUUAAUUCAUUCAAUUGUUGUGAUUAUGAUUUUGUUGUUGUCUAGUUCGAAAUGUAGUGUGUAUAUGACGUGUUCUUGUGACUUGUUUUUCGUGAUGUUUAAACAUUUCUUAUUCAAUUAUGACUUAUUUAGAUAUGUUGUUUUCUUGAUAAAAUUAGUUAUUGUUUAUAUUAUACACUAAUCUUUUUCAUCCCUUAAGAAAUGCACAUUGAUAUUGUUUUGAAUGCAAAUGUGAUUCACACUACUUGAACAUGGUAUUGCAAUGUUUAUAUAUUUUUCUCCGUAAUUGUUUUUAUUAUUCCAUGGACAACGGUGAGUAUUACUUUACUAUAUAAUUUGUUUAAUUGAUUUACAUACAAUUUUGAUGCAUAAUAUAUCGCAUAUAUAUAUACAUAUUUAAAAAAUGAUAUGUUGGUUGUUGUUUGAAUAGGUUUUAUAUUUACCGCAUUCCUUUUUUAUUUCUUGACUGUACGGCUAUUUGAUAUCUUAAAAUGUAACAGUUAUGCAUAAACCAUAACGAAAUAUUGUUGACGUACGUUACGGACAAUCUCGGAUACCAUAUUUGUGAUAUAGUCUUGUGAUACGAGUUUGACCUAUAUAUUUAUUAUGAAUGUGCUGAUAUGUGAACUAAAAUUGAUGCUUUGUGUACGUAAUUGAUUUUUUCUAUGUUUCCCCAAAACUCAUCUGCCGCACUGCUGGAGAUAUAUCAUCAUUGCAGUUUCGCUAGAAAUGGACAUAGAGAUACUCAUGGUGGAUUUACAUACCAUGUACUCAAACAUCGUUCGGUACAGACGACAACGACGAUGAUGACAACAAUAACAUAACAGCAACAACAAUACAACAGCCAUUUCUACCACCCAACAGAUGGAAAAACAUCACUGCAUUGGGUGAUGAAUUCAAAGCAAAUGCAGAGAGUGGAGAGAGACAAUGUUAAGGCAAACAGCACCGUGUAUACCAUCGACCAUGAUGUGAUGUAUACAAAUGGGUGAUGUGCUUCUAGAAGACGACAUAGUAUUGACAGUAAGCUGAACAUAGCUUACUGUAUAAUUCAAAACAUCAGCAUGUACCUUUUGGAAGAAAGCGUUCCGGGUUAGUUUCGGUUAGCGUAUUAUAACUUUCUAUGUUAGUUUUAGGUCGAAUAUCUUUCUUGUUCAUCUUGUAUACGCGUAUGAUAUAUUGUUUUCCUAUAUGGUAAAUUUGAUUAUCUAGGUUAUCAUGCACAACUUUAUAAAUAUCAAAAGUGAUUGUAUUGUAAAUUAAAUAUGCCAUCAUAAUUUAAUUCGUGAUUUAUUUAUGGUUUGUUCCAGAUAUUAAUUCAGGAAUCAAAGUCAGAUUCACCUUCCGAACUUUCAGUACCACCAAUUGCUCCUUUCGAUCAGUUCAUAGGCAUACCGUGCUAACAUAUAUCAAGCUUCAUGAAUACGUUUCUAUCAAUUUAUUUUUGCCGGGAAUACGAUGACAAACAAUUUUCUCGACAUUCGAUGUUUGGGCAGAAGUCGAUGCCUAUAAGAUAAGACACGUCCGGAAAAAUCCAAUUUCAACUCCGGAAGCAAGCUACAAAUUUAUGAAAUAUUUAGUAAACAUUGAAAAUAUCUAGGGACUAAAAGCACAUAGUAAAAAACUUCGCCUGCAACUUGGUAAAUCUGAGCGUCCUUUUAGAUAACCACCUUAUUUUCAAAUAAUUCAUGGCUUAUUUUCAAGAUUGGCUUAUUUUCAAGCAUACUUAUUCUCAAAAGUAUCUGAAUAUGACAGUUCAAGAGUUACAAAUAGCAAACGUAAAGAUUAAGAUGUUGUAACAGGAUGUUGUAUAUUAUUAUAGUAGAAUAUAUAUCAUAGACUGUUUUUUUUUUUUAAUUUUAGAAUGGUAAAAAUAAUUAAUAACAUGAUAGAUGUGAUCAGAAGUGAUCAAUGAAAUGUGCGGGACAAUCAUUUAAUCAUUACCUUUUUACGUUGGACAUCAUAAACAACUGGUAUUUUAGAUUAUUGUACAACGUAAUCGGAAAUUAUAGCAUGGUUAUUUACAGAAAUUGAUAAUGGAAAGUUACGUUGUUCGCAUUUUUCAUUUUUAGAAUAAGAGGGUAUUUUGUGGUUUCAGGUCGUGUGAGAGUGACUGAAGUAAUGAAUUUUAUAUGUAAGUCAUGGUUUGAUUACUCUUAAAAUGUCGUAAAUUGCGUUCUCAAUAUUUUCUAGCAAACAUAUUUUCGAGGAGGUUACGUUUAUAAUACUAUCAUAUUGUGACAACACAGAGUUUUGUCAAAGCUCUGGUACAGAUCUAUGUCUUUCAAUAUCGUACGUUUCAUAUCAUCGACUGUAUAAGUCUUUCAUCAUGUAAGUCGUCAUGUAAUUGGUGUAUUGAGGCAGAGAGCGCAGCCAUGAUGUUUAAAUAUGGCAGCUGUAAAGCUAGCACGUAUGUAAAUUGUUUACGCAUGCGUUGUUUCGAAGUUCCAGACGAUAUUUUCCUCGAUACGUUAGUAAAGUUAUGUGGAGUUAUAGCUAUUGCGGGGUUUAUAGAACUUAAAUCAUAUUAAUUUUUUUUACAUUAUUCUGUACAUGUGUUCGAGAUUAUCCAGCGAAUUCCAGCAAUUACCAGUGAAUACCAGCAAUCGCUUCACGCGACUUUUAAAUUUAGUGGGUGAUUCAAAACAGUCUGCGUUCGUCUUUGUCGGUGGUCAGUUGUGUUGUUUAGGUGGGUGUCUAAGCUAUGGGCAAAGAGGUGUUUCCUCAGUUCCAAAGCUUGUCAUGUAUUUAUGUGUUAGGUUAGGUAUAGUCUUUAUGUGUGGGGAUGGGUUUAUGUAAUUUAAUAUACGAUUUUCGGGAAUUUGCUCUUAUUAGGUUUAUUCAAAAUAAUAGUGUAGAGUUAUUAAUAUUAAUGGGAAUUAUUAUAUUUUCUAACAAUUUCUGGAAAUUUUGAGAUUUUUAAGGGAACAUAUAUAGAGUAAGAAAUACUCAAUUGCGUAUAAUUUAUUCUGCUGAAUUAUGAGUAUAAUCCCAUACACGUAUGGUUCAAGAUGAGUGAGAGUUAUUGACUAAUUUAUUUUAUUCAAAUAUAAUUUGAAUUUGCUAUAACUUAUAGUGAAGGGUUUUGAUACAUGUGAUAGAAAUAAUGUUAUUUACUCUAUUAGCGAAUAAGAUUAUUGUAAAAGUGCUCAAGUAAAUAGUCUGCUAAUUUAGUAUUUAUUCUACAUUUUGAAAUAUGUAUGAAGUUAAAGUUAUUAUCAGUAAUCCAGAAACUUAGUAAAUGUGUAAUUUAUUAGAGUUGAAAGAGGUAUACAAGAAUAUGAGUUGAACUAUGGAAGCGAGUAUCGAAUUGUUGUUGUUUCUAAAACAUUUUAUAUCUUAUAAAUAAAUGUCUAAUUUGUACCUGUAAUUUGGUAUCUUGGUUGUCUCUUUGAAGUUUUAGAAACUAGUCAGGUGUUUAAUUGGUGCAAACUAAGUCGUCUGUUAGGGUAGAUAGGCAAGAGUCUCCUACCCAUCUUAUAUACUAUUGUAGAGUCCUGACCACUUGACCGUCACAAAGUGUUUAUUCUAGUUGGUUUCGUUAUAUUUUAGCAGUAGUGAUAUGGAUCCGUUGCUUGAUAGUUAUUGUUUUUAGUAUGUUGAUUGUAGUAGAUUACCAUAUUCUUUAUCGGAAGGUUUAAGAAUUCUAUUUGUAAGAGGGGUAAAAAUUUUAUAAAUAUUGAUAAGCAUUGAUUUUCAUGGAAGUUAAACUUUAAUUGAUAAAAAGGGUAAUUAUUUUGGGAUAUUUCAAAAGAAUUGAGCUAGCUGGAUCUAGAGUCGAAUAGGAUUAUACGAGUUUUCAACAUUCAGUUGUUUAAAUAUUUCAUUGCAAAUAUUCCUUAAAUAAAUUAUCAAUGUGAGUGUUGUGAAUGAACUAGAAUGAAUGAAGGAAUUGUAUGCUAUUGUUAUAAAUAUUAUAUUUCUAAAAAUUGAA